AUGAAAGGCGUUUUACCUCUUCUGCUUGCUUUCGCCGCUCUCUAUCGCAUAGCAGCCAAUGCCAAGCUUCAAGCGCUCUCUGCGAAAAUCGUACCACGGGCAGAUGGCGUGGUUGUCCUCGAUCUUACUAGGUCCACCUCGGUAGGAGGGCUCAUGGUGGACACGAAAAUUGGGACACCGGGGCAAUAUGUUCAACUGCUCAUAGCGACCGACGUUUCACACAAUCGGGUCCCUUCCACCAAUGGCGAGAAGUGCUUGGAUGAGGGUUGUGCUGGCGGAGCUUUCAAUCCAGCCAGAUCUUCGACUUACCGGCUGCUUGUCGAGGGAUACGAGGAGACCACCACUACGAACUUGGUGAUGAAUCUAGCAACCGAGACAGUCACUGUUGGCAACCUCUCUGCUUCCAACAUAACGAUGAUUGUGACUGAUGUUCGGGAAAUCCAAGCCAGACCGGGCACGAUAACGUUGGGAUACCAGGCAGGGCCCGAUAACUACCAAAUUGGCACCGGGCUGCUUGGAUCCCUCGUAGGGAAUGGGCUGAUCAGGACGCAAGCAUUCGGUAUCUGGGUUAAUGACACUGCUUUUGGUGCCAACGCAGGGUCCUUGACGUUGGGAGCCAUCGAUACUGAAAAGUACUAUGGGAGCCUGUCUCUUCUGACGGCCGUGGACACGGAAGAACCGCUUACUGGGCGUUUCCGAGUGGUACUAUCGUCGUUGACAGCUACCAGCUCCACCGGCACCGAUGAGCUCGCGUCAGCAAUCCCGUUCGCUAUAAACUUCAAGCCCGAGGCGUACUUCAGCAUGCUUCCCAUCGACCUGGCCUCCGAGAUCUGGCAGGUUGUCGGUGCAACUUACAACGCAUCCAUGCACGUGGCGCUUACUUCGUGUCGCAUGAGGGAUAGCCAAGGUCACUUGACUUUCGGGUUUGGCGGACCCCAGGGUCCGCGCAUCACCGUUGCCAUGCGCCAUCUGGUGGUACCGAUCCUGUUCUUCCCGACCAACCUGACCAGCACCAGUGGUGAUGACCUAUGUGCCAUCUCGGUUGUCAGUACCGGCGAUAGUUACGAAGUUAGGCUCGGAACGAGCUUCCUUUCGGCGGCGUAUGUGGUCUGGGAUAUGUACAACAAAAAGAUAGCUGUUGCGCAGGCAAGAUGGACAGACGAGUCCAACCUGGUCGUCUUUGACGGCCAGGCCGCGCCCAUCCCCUUGGCUACAUCCCCACCAAACGAGAUGACCACCGUACCCCAAUCCCCUACCGCAACUCUGGCGGCAGUAACCACAAAGACAUAUGCCGCCGCGGCAGUGGUCGCUGCCGCCAAGAAUGCUUCACGUUUUAAGGCCCUUCCGCUAGUCGAGUCGCCUACAUUGGGCAACUUAGUGAGCAAACAUGGGGACGGGGAAAAGACGAGCUGGAAAAUAUGA